AUGCGAGAGGCAAAAGAAAAACUACUAGAAGAUUUGAAAGAAGUUGCUCAAAAAGAAGCAGAUAUGUAUAGUCAAAGACUGAUUGAAGAAGCAAAAUUAUCGGCUGAAGAAAAUGCAAAAAAAGUGAUUAUAGAUACCAUUCAACGCGUGGGGGUAGAGUAUUCUAUUGAAAACUGUGUGUCGGUUUUUAAUUUGGAAUCCGAUGAACUAAAAGGAAAAAUCAUUGGCAAAGAAGGUAGAAAUAUCAAAUCCUUAGAGCAAGUUACAGGAGUAGAAAUCAUUAUAGAUGACACGCCCGGAUCUAUUUUAUUAUCGUCGUUUGACCCUGUGCGCAGGCAAGUUGCUUAUAUGACUAUUGAAUCUUUAUUAAAAGACGGGAGAAUACACCCCGCUAAAAUAGAAGAGAUAAUGGGAAAAAUGGAACGAAAAAUAAAACAAGACAUCAUAGAAACAGGUAAGCGAACUGUUACGGAUUUAGGUAUUGCAGGGUUACACCCAGAAUUGAUUAAAAUGGUAGGGCGUAUGAAAUUUCGCAGUUCU